UAGGGUCGAGCGUGCCCCUCGGCCACUGCUCGCCUCCGCCCGCCCCGCGACUCUCUCCUCGCCUCCGCCCGCCCCGCGACUCUCUCCUCGCCUCCGCCCGCCCCGCGACUCUCUCCCCGGCGCCGCGAGCCUUCCGAAGCGCAGCCAUGAGGACCCUGCUGUGGGCCGCCUCUCUCGCCAGUCUGGUAGCUCUAGGAGGAGGAACUCCUGACGGCGAGAGAAUGAGGGAGCCUUCAGGAGCCAGGCUGAAGGGCCAACAACUGCUACGACGGCGUUCCAGAGACUGCGGCGGGAAUUUCGACUUCAACGCGGGUGACUGCGUGGAGAUUUAUUCGCCAGGAUUCCCCAUGAAGUACAAGCGUAACGCACGCUGUUUGUGGCGGUUUGCCGCUAAUCCACCUGCCACGACGAUCACCAUGUGUUGCAGCGUCUUUCACUUGCAAAAGAGCUGCAACUGCAAGAAGGACAACGUGAUAUUGAAAGACGGUGGAAAUAACACGGUCAAGUUGCUGUGGGAAGAAAAAGCACCUGUUUUGGCAGAGCGACACGGGCCACCUUGGGGUCUCCUUCAAGUCGAACUGCUUCCGGCAAUAUGUUGGCUUCGCGUGAACCGUCUGCGCUUCAGGUCCUCUUCCUGUUACGGCACCUGACUGCACUUGUGGCAAGAGGAACAUAGUCCAGCGUAUCAUCGGCGGGGCGCCAACGAGGGUCCGUGAAUACCCUUGGCACGUGGGCAUAGCAAGACGCUUAAAAACUAAACCUUUCUGUGGUGGGUCCAUUAUAUCCAGACGGUGGAUUCUGACCGCCGCCCACUGCUCUGUUCGCAUCAAUGACAUGGUGAUGAUCGGAGCGCACGAUUGGUGUAAAUGUCAGCCGCUACCUUUGCGUAUCCCGGUCAAAAAGUUCAUCCCUCGUCGUGACUACGAUAAUAAAACUGACGAAAACGACAUCGCUCUCCUAGAACUCGCGUGGGACAUACCUUUCCCUGCAGAUAACUCUAUCGCCCCGGUGUGUCUGCCAGAAAAUCCACUGGAUGAUAAUCUGACAGUCAACGUCAUCGCAACUGGAUGGGGCCUCAUGAGCAAA